AUGGCCACUAAUGAUGAUCAUGAUGAAACUGUAAAACUAUCUCACCUCAAAUCACUUAUUGAAGAGGAAAAAAUAAAACAAUUAAAUAAUCCAAAACAAGUUUUACUUGUUCUCGAACAACUACUUAUUCAAGAACAACAGCUAUUGGUUGAGGCUAAAAUACCAGAACAAUGUGUACUUAAUGACAAUCGAAAACAACGUAUUUUACACCGGAUCACACUUCUUGAGCAAGGAAAAAACGAAACAAAUGGAGGAAGAAUUGAAACAAAUACGGAAACAAAUGCUUUCAACGAAACUAAUAAAACAAAUAAAAAUAGAAAAUGA